CUUUGCUGGCUGAUUUACACUGCAUUCUUUUUUUUUUAUCUUGUGCUACCUGUCAACGUUCAGUUCAAGAUGCAGUUUCUCUUUCCUGCCACUGCCAGCGUACUGUUCGUCGGCAUCGCGUCGGCGUCGCUGUACAACCAAAGCAGCGCAAACCACACUUGUCUCUUUACUCCACCGUUUACUUCAUGCUCGGCGAAUGCCAAUCCUUUAAAGGUCGACUCGUGCUGCGUCGAGACGUACGGAGGGCUUCUUCUCACGACCCAACUCUGGAAUACGUACACCGGGCUCGAAGACGAGGGCCAAUUGCUGCCAAAAGACAGUUGGGGGCUUCACGGUCUCUGGCCUGACUUCUGCAACGGGUCUUACACUCAAUACUGCGAUCUCAGCCGCCAGUAUGACCCGGAGCCAUCGCCCAACACCACCAACAGCAAGCCCGACGGCAAUCCCGUGCCCCCAUACACAGGCCCAACCAUCGACACUUUCAUCAAAGCCUUCGGCAAGCAUGACCUCCUCGCCUGGAUGACCAAGUACUGGAUCGCGCAAAACCAGCCCAACACCGCCUUCUGGGCGCACGAGUUCUCCAAGCACGCGACCUGUUACUCGACCUUCGACGUCCCAUGCUACGGGCCGCAGUACGUGGCGCACGAAGAAGUGGUCGACUUCCUCGAGACCGCCAUCCGCUGGUACCAGAAGGCGCCGACGUGGGCCUGGCUCGUGGACGCGGCCAUCACGCCUUCGAACCACACGACCUACUCUCUCGCCGACGUGCAGACGGCGCUGACGGCCCGCUGGGGCGCCGUUCCGUACUUGGCUUGCUCGGGCCCGCGCUUUAAUGAGACGGCGCUCGGGAACGGCACCCUGGACGCGGGCUUCACCGCCCUGAGCGAGGUUUGGUAUUAUAGCCAUGUGCGUGGCAGGCCGCAGGAUGGGGACGCGGUGCCGGUGAAUGCGACGGGGAGUAACACGAAUUGCGCGAAGGCGCCGGGUGCUAUUCAUUACUAUGAGAGGACGCCGGGCUCGGUGCGCGUGUAGAUGUGUUGGGGGACUGGAGCUGGUGAGACAUUAUCUGUGGGCGGCACUUGAACCUGUCGAAUCCAUUGAAGUCGAUUUAGAUGUCAUAUAAAUGUGAGAGUCGUA